AGCGUGAACUUGAACACUGCCUUGCUCAUUGCAGGUCCCGAGCGCGUCCGUGUCGUCUGCUCGUGUGUCGGUAGCGUGUGUGAACGUAGAUCGGUAGAUUGCAGAGCAGGCUCCAUAAACGGGUCCGGGUCCAGCGGGUCCAGGUCGAACCUUGAUCCCUGAUCCCCCAACACAUCAUGUCCCGGCGCAAACUCGGCAGCCGACCGCAGCACCUGAGCGCAAUUGAAGAGACCCCUGCGGGCGAGAGCGUGGUGACCCCCCCAGCGGUGACCUCUGAGGGGGCGCCGCCCCCCCCUCCGAUGGGGGGCCGUGACCUGCUGACCUGUGGGCAGUGCUGCCAGGCCUUCCCCCUGGCCAACAUCCUGGCCUUCAUCCAACACAAGCAGGGGGGCUGCCCCCCCCGGGGCCCCGCCCACAGCGCAGACACGCCCCCCUCGCCCGCCGGCCGCGUCCGGCAGAGCGCACGCUCCGGGGGCCCCCCGACGGGGGCGGGGUUUAUCGAGCUGCGGAGGGGAUUGGUCGGCGGCGGGGCGGGGCUUCAUGGUGUGCUGAAGGCGGAGCCUAAUAAGACAGACUCUGAGGAGCCGUCGUUCUUCUCCUGCCAGCAGUGUGGCGGCGUGCUGCCGUCCGCCUGGGCCCUGCUGCAGCACGCCCAGCACACACACGCCCUCAGCCUCUACCAGGAGGGGCUCAGCCAGGCGCUGGCCUCCGCCUUCCAGCCGUCCGGCCGGCGGCCCCCGCGCCCGCGCCCGGCCUCCGGCCCCCCGCAGGCCCUCAACUUCUCCGUCCGUCUCCGGGAGCUGGCGGAGGCGUACCCCUACCCCCAGGCCCCCGGGGCCCCCCGGGGCCACCUGGCCUGCGAGCUGUGCGGCCAGGUCUACCAGUCGGUGCGGGGGCUGUCGGCCCACCGCCGCACCCACGGCUGCGCGCGGCCGUACCACUGCGGCGUCUGCGAGCAGGCCUUCGCCCAGAGCGGCCAGCUGGCCCGCCACAUGCGGAGCCACCGGGGGGGGGGGCGGCGGCCCGGGGUACGGGCAGGGGGGGGCGGAGACGGACGAGGACGGAGGGACGCUGGCCGCCAUGGCGACCACGACGAGAGGGAGGCUCCCGGCCCCGCCCCUCCCCCUGACGCUGGGCGGCGGCCUGGCGCUGCAGCCCCGCCCCUCGGAGGGCGACCUGGGGGGGGGGGCGGGGGGCCGGCGGGGGGCGAGGAGGAGGCCCAGCGGACCCCCCCCUGCGCCAGCCCCUCGGAGGGCUCCCUGGAGAGCGGCGAGACGGGCGGCAGCGCCGAGAGCGGCAUCGCCAGCGGCAACUGCACGCCCAAACGGCCGGAGCUGGGCGAGCCGGGGCCGGGGGGCGAGUGGGCCUCCAGCACGGCCUCGGAGGUGGUGGAGGAGUGGCAGCGCGAGAACGAGAGGAGGAGCGCCGAAGGGGGCGCCGCGGGCACCAGGAAGAAGGACGAGGCGUGCGAGUACUGCGGCAAGCAGUUCCGCAACAGCAGCAACCUGACGGUGCACCGGCGCAGCCACACGGGCGAGCGGCCGUACAACUGCGGCCUGUGCAGCUACGCCUGCGCCCAGAGCUCCAAGCUGACGCGCCACAUGAAGACGCACGGCGCCCGCGGCGCCCGCGCGCCCUUCCUGUGCCAGCUGUGCAGCGUGCCGUUCACCGUGUACGCCACGCUGGAGAAGCACCUGAAGAAGGUCCACGGGCUGAGCCACGCCAGCGUGGGGGCCUACGCCCAGGCCAGCGGCCCCGGCGGUCGGGCCCCCGAGGAGCCGGGGGCCCCCGGCCACACGGAGGGGCUGGUAGCCGUGAAGAUGGAGGAGGAGGAGGAG